GGCAGAGCAAUCACUACCUUUGUUUGAUAGUAUUUGCGCUUGACAUUAGGAUGGAGGGUGUUUGGCAUUUCUCGCCAGCUGGAUGUGUUGGAAGUGUGGACAGCUGUAAUGUGGUGGUGCAAGCAUAAGAAACUGUUUCAUGACAAGAUAGAUUCGACUCUUGAGAGUCUGAAAGGCACAGCUGAACGUCUGAGGCAGCCACCUUCGAUCUCAGCAGAGGCUGAGAAGAUUAAAGAGCAAAUCAGUGAAAAUAAGAACGUGUCAGUGGAUCUGGAAAGACUUCAGCCGGUGUAUGAGACGCUUAAACAGAGAGGGAAGGAAAUGAUUGCUCGCUCAGAAGGAGCCAAUAAGGAUAUAUCUGCUAAAGGCUGCUAAAGACGAAAUUGAUGGACUGCAAGAGGAACUAGCAACAGUUCUGAGCCUUGGCUCUGACCUUGGAGCUGCUUGUGGAGAGCCUGACAAACCUAUUGUCCACAAGAGCAUAGAUGAGGUACGGGAAAUGCAGGUGCUUGAAUCUGCUACGCCAGGUGCUUGUUCAGCUGAAAUUGGUAUAUCCUCCCUG